ACCUAUACCUGCCUUUCACCUAUAUUUAUCCAAGAAAUGAUUUUACUGACGAAAACCCCGAUUCAUACUUGCGCCGGCGCACCGAGAAUUCGAUCUCACUCAUAUCUCACAUUCAUUGCCGUGGUAUCUCGUUCGAAAACUUACUGUGAACCUGUUGUGUGUAUAGGAAUAUGAAGGCUGCCCAAGCCCCGGCCGAAGCCGUGAUUUAUUUAAAUUUUGAGAAAAAGUGUGUUUGUUAUGAGAACGAAAUUUAAAAAAUAUUUAUGAUAUUUAGAUGAUUUUAAAGAAGUUACUCUUGGCAAUUGAAAUUAUUUAAUAUAUUGAUGAAUUCAAUAAAAUUAAUUGAAAAAUAUCAUCAGCAAAGGAAUGAAUUUAAUUAAUCUCACAUCUAUUUAGUAAGCAAGAAAAAGUUAAGGGCUGAAAAUUGUGUGUAAGGGAAGAAAAUUCCUGAAAUGAUUAGACAUCCUGUUAUAGUUCUAGUGAAUUUACUUAUCGGUACCUAAAGACGGGUUCAAGUUUGAUCAAAAUUGAGUUGAAAGAAUUGAAAUUUUAAACAUGCAAAUAGAUAAGAAAAUAUAGAGAUCAAAUUCAAAAUUGAUUCAGCUGAUGGCUGAUCAUUAAAUUGAGACUAAAUGAAGUCUGACUUUUCGCGGAAGCUAUCCAAGUCAAUUCCUGAUGUACCUGAAAAAGCUGAAUCUAUGGGUGCAGGUGCGCUACGCUCAACAACAACCAACCCUACAUUUACCUGAUCCAAUGAAAUUAAAAUUCAGGGUACCGCCACGCCAUGUAACAAACUGGGAAGGGAGAUUUAAAAAUGUAAAAAAAUACAACGACUCCAACGCCAGCGUACACCAUCGCGUGAGCUGGCAGAGAAGUAGAGGAACUUUAACUGCACUCACCAUCGCUGCCAGUACCAAGACCGGACCCGAGCCGGUUCCCAGAUCUCGGGGGUCUUGGAUAUUACCCGGAUGUCUCUGCCUCCCUGAUGGCUACAGCUGUGUAGUUGGCUGAACCGUUGUGCGUUGAAUGUAGUCAGUGUGAUAUGAUGAGACUUUGAUGGGAUGCUUCCAUGAAGAAUGAAUAAUGAUGCUGUCAGAAUUAAAAGAAAAAACAUGAAUAACGAGAAGUAGAGAUUUGUGAAUUGAAAGAAAUAAAUAGUUGUGAAAAA